AUACGCUGGCAUUCCAGCCGCGUGCGAAAAAGAAUACGCACCGCACCAAACCCACCUCACCACACCAAAAACCCUAAUAAACCAAACCUGACCCGCAGACCCGCCGCUCCCACUGCACCAAAUCUUGCUGACCCCCUCCGAAAAUGCCAGACAAGUACUCCAUCAUCCUCCCCACAUACAACGAGCGCAAGAACUUGCCGAUUCUCGUGUACCUCUUGGACAAGACAUUCAAACAGGCCAAGCUCGACUGGGAGGUGAUUAUUGUCGACGACAACUCGCCCGACGGCACCCAGGACGUGGCCAAGAAGCUCGGCGCUGUUUUCGGCGCCGAACAUAUCCAGUUGCGCGCAAGAGCGGGCAAAUUGGGCCUAGGGACCGCGUAUGUCCACGGCUUGCAGUUUGUCACCGGCAACUACGUGAUCAUCAUGGACGCGGACUUCUCGCACCACCCGGAGGCGAUUCCCGAGUUCAUCGCCAAGCAAAAGGCCGGCAAUUUCGACAUCGUCACGGGCACGCGCUACGCGGGCAACGGCGGGGUCUAUGGCUGGGACUUGAAACGGAAGUUGGUGUCAAGAGGCGCCAACUUUUUGGCGGCCACCGUGUUGAGACCGCAUGUGUCGGACUUGACGGGCUCGUUCCGCUUGUAUAAAAAGGACGUGUUGGCCAAGGUCAUCAGCGAGACGAAGUCCAAGGGCUACGUGUUCCAGAUGGAGAUGAUGGUGCGGGCCAAGGCGCUUGGGUUCUCGGUGGGCGAGGUGCCCAUCAACUUCGUGGACCGUGUUUACGGCGAGUCCAAGUUGGGAGGCGACGAGAUUGUCCAGUACUUGAAAGGGGUGUUUUCCUUGUUCAUUGAUGUCUAGGUGUUUUGUAUGCGUCUGUAGGACCAGAGAAUAGCUGUGAGACACGCUAGUGUUGUUUUGUGUAGGCACAGUGGACUGUUGUGGUGGUUGCUGAUACAUCAGACGUGUUUUGCCGAUUGCUGGCGAUGUGGGCUCCGCAAGCGAUUGGUGCGGACGUUCUUCUCAUGG